AGCAAAUCGCCUGACAUGGCUUCAAUCCUUCACUUGGCGUUGCUUCUCCUAUCCAUAGCCUCCCAGCAAGUUCUUGCCGCGAAGCGGCACCAUACCAUCAACGUUGAGUCAUUGCUGUCUAGUGCGAUGUGCUCUCGGGCACCUGCUGCUCCAGCUACCCCAGCUUCUCAUCCAGGAGGUGGUAGCUCCCUCCAAAUCGUCCGGCGCUCGUGCCCAACAACAGGCGCCCUCAAGACCGUGUCGGACCACUACACCACCAUCCUCCGCCGAGAUCACCACCGAGUCCAGUCCAUCCAUCGCCGCCUUGGAGAGCCGCGUAGGCCAACCACCAUUCCUGCGCGUCUGGGCCUUCCCUUUCACACUUAUGAGUAUGUUGUGACCAUCGGCAUCGGGACCCCGCCGCGCAACCUCACAGUCCUCUUCGACACCGGCAGCGACCUCACCUGGGUCCAGUGCACGCCGUGCAGUAGCUCCUGCUACCACCAGGAAGAACCAUUGUUUGACCCGAGCAAAUCUUCCACGUACGCCCACGUCGCCUGCUCCGCGGAGGAAUGCAACAACGGAGACAGCCAAGAAACAAGUUGUGCAGAGGGCUGGUGUAGGUACACCACGAAGUAUAGCGACGAAUCCCACUCUGGGGGCAAUCUUGCGUACGAGACUGUGACUCUGUUGCCGCUAGCACCGCCGGCCACCAGAGUUGUAUUCGGGUGCAGCGAUGAGUCCAGUGACUUCAACGACAUGAGUGUCGCCGGCCUUCUCGGCCUAGGCCGGGGCGAGUGGUCCAUCCCCUCGCAGAUACGGCAGAACUACGGCAGCAGCUUCUCCUACUGCCUCCCUCCGCACGGCAGCUCCACCGGAUACCUCACCUUCGGCGCCGCCCUUCAGUCGCAAGCCAACCUGACGUUCACGCCUCUGAAACCCGACCCUGACUUCUACCUAGUGGACCUCACCGGCAUCUCCGUCAAUGGCGCGGAUCUCCCACUACCAGCGGACGCGUUCAGCGCCAGAGUGGUCAUCGACUCUGGCACGGUGAUCACGCGUCUCGAGCCGACCGCGUACUCCCUUCUGCGGAAUGAGUUCAUGCGUCAUAUGCUCGGCUACACAGUGGUGCGUGUGAAGGGCCUAGACACGUGCUACGACGUGACGGGGCGCGACGUCGUGACGGUGCCCCGGGUGGCGCUCGAGUUCGGCGGCGGAGCGAGGAUUGACGUCGACGCGUCCGGAAUACUAAUCGUGGCAGCUGCCUCCGGAGCCUCGGUGGCGUGCUUGGCCUUCGCGCCGCUGCCGCCGGAUGUGUCGCGUAUCAGUGCCAUAAUCGGUAACAUGCAACAGAGGGCGUACACCGUUGUGUUUGAUGUGGAGGGCGGGAGAGUUGGGUUCGGAGCAAAUGGAUGCAGUUGACAUGCUUGAAUGCUUGAUGAAACAGGACUAUGAGGACUCUUCAAAUGAAAAAAAGGCAGGCCUAUACAUUAAGAACUUGUUUUUUUCUUUUGGGAAGGGACUUAUCAAGAACCUGUAAGAUUUCCUAUAAAUUUCCUACGAAAUAGUUUGUUUUCUAUACGACUUGGUUAUCAAGGCCUAGCAAAUAAAAUCGCUAACCCCAUUUGCAAGGGCUCUGUUUAAA